AUGACUCAUGUAACAUACAACAUUUCAAAUAUAUUAUCUGCUUAUGUAAAACAUUGCAAUAAUGAUAAAAAAACGCAUGCAUGGCCACAGACACGAAUCGAUGAUUUAAUCUCUGAUUACAAAGGCAGACUUGCCGUCCAAAUACCACCUGUAUGUACUAAACGGGACCUGCUUGGAAAUAUAGCAGGCCUUUUUGGCUCAGUAAAUUCAAUAGCCGACACAUAUAAGAUAAACAGUCAAUCACAAUUUUCAACGUGGUUGGCUAACCAGGUGGCCACCGGUUUCCAAAACAUCACAAAUAGUAAUGAAAAUAUCAUAAAAGCGGUCAGAUCCGAGGCACAGGCGCUUCUACUGAUCAGUCACGCAAGGUUCAAUCAGACCCAUACCAUCGAACGUGAAGUAGCCUGCAGAUCAUAUGCACAAGAUUUAUUUACUGCUGCAAGACAAGAAAUGUUAGAUCUACAUCUGUGCAAGACACCUAGGCAUGUUCUAAAUUAUCUUAUGGAAAUUUUGGACCUGCGCAGUUGGCUUGCAUCAGAAAAAAUGAAAGGCAUUAAUUAUUCUGAAUUAUUAUCCACUGUAAUGAUGUAUACUGGUGCUGAAUGUUCUGGUUGCCUUGGAUUCUUUGCCACCUUUCCUUUAAUCCAUCCAGAUCAAGUUUUUACAAAUUCCACUACUAUACACCCUAUUGGUGUGGUAGUGAAAGAUCAGAUAGUCAAAUGGGAUCACCUUACUGGUUACAUGACGGUGAAGGGCACUGAGACCUUGUUUACCAGUUGCACAUGUUGUCAUGAAACGCAUAACUAUGUUAUUUGCACAUGUAACACAUUACAACCUUUUUCUUCCAAUGACACUAAGCUUAUAAAUGUUCAGUCAUUACAUGGGCAUUCUGACGCAAUCCAGGUGUCCCAUACUCAGUGGUGUGUUGUCAGUGAGAUGAGUUCCUUCUCGUAUGGAGGACUGACCUGUCCUGCCAAUCACUCCUUUUGCCUAGAGGUAACAGAGGACUUUUCUAUGGGUCAGAUCAACAUCCUAGGGAGGAUACCCCUGGACACUGAAGUUUCCCCAUGGUGGGAUGACACAUUCUACGAACACAGCGCACAAGCUGUGGCAGACACAAUGGACUUGGCACAAAGAAUGAUACUGCAGACGGAAUACCACCUCAACCAGGCACAGAUAGAAACAAAUCUGGCCAAAAAGACUGCACAGAUCCUCUCCAGUUCCUCUACACGCUCAGCACUGUAUGCUUACACAUGGUGGGACUGGGUAUUCCGGGGAUGUGCAAUUGGCAGCGCCUUCAUUUUCACCUUCACACUGUUCCAGUGUUGCUAUUUCAGAUGCCUCAUCGGAUCCUUACGAACAUCAACCAAUGCGGCACUGGCCCUCAGCCCACUGCAUCUGCACACGCUUCAACGACUAAGAUAA